AUGGACAAGGCCAUCCGAAAACCCACUCUGAGUCAGGCCUCCGACGAUCGCGCUGCCGUCUCGCCGAUCGAGAAGCGUGCCUCCUUUGGCCAAAUCGCGCUCUUGAAAGGUAAAGAAUGCCCCAAUCGCUCCACAGAGAUCAGACUCGUCAUUAUUGUCACCCUCGGAGGAUGGCGAUGGACCGGGUGGAUCAUCAAGUGUUCGGACAGAAGAACUCCCCGUAGCACCGUCGCCACUCUUUGCACCAUCCUCGCCACCAUCGUCGUCAGUGAGGGAGGUGGUCUACCGCUGUGAAGGCCAAGGGACUCUCCCUCCCCAGGUAAGCGACGCCGAAUGAAUGAGCGAAAGGAGGACACGGCGAAAUUGAGUCACGGAUGUUGUUGUCGUACAGAUGAGACGGAGUAAUCGCAAGAUAGGGAACGCCCCCAUCAGGAGGGCAGCCCGGGGUUCCUCGUCCUCGAAGGGUGAUGGCAACAUUGCAUCUGGGUGUCCGGCCGAUAACGAAGCAACCGCCGCUGUGUUCAGAGUAAUAGACGACGAUUCACUUGUAUCACGAAGAAUCUGUGCUCCUCUGCAUUCACGCGUGCAGGCCAUCCGGCUGCAGGGAUGGUCCGGGCUCCGUCUGGUAAGCAUGCAUGGACAAACUCAGGAUUCAACACCAUACUGUAACUGUUCAAUUUCGUCCCUGUGUGCAGCCUCGAGAGCUUCAGGUCGGUGUGUAUGCGUUUGUCAAUCCCGUGUGGUGCCUCAAGCCGCCCCUGCCCUCCCCACUCAGCGGAGCCGUUCUGCAGUACCACACCGAGGUCGUCAUCGACUACAGCAACAGACGCCAGAGAACCUUUUGGGAGUCGAUGGCGCCGCAGACGGCGUACGAGCUCGGGAAACAGAUGAUCAACCUCAGAUGUCUCAUCCAUCGCUUCCCAGAGACACCUGACGGAGCACAGGGGCUUCGAGCUGGCCAAUAUGUUCCCGCAUAUGGAUGGUGCCUCGGGAUUGUCAUUGGACUCGUGGAGGGGCAUGUUAAGGGACGACAGGCAGCUCGCGAGGAGGAGGGAUCGGCCACAACUAUGAAAGAGGGGUCGUUACAGUCUUUGGUCUUUCAGGGGGUGGUGAUUUCGACCCUUGGGCGCCAAGAGGCUGCGCGGCUUCACCGUAUUAUCAAUUCUGCCGCUCUUGCUGCUGCCCCUUCUCGGUUUGUCGACCUUCCGGCUCUCACAGAUGUUAUCGGAGUCAUUCACAGCGGCGACCCCUACACCCAGUCCGUGAUCAAAGAGCGGAACUGGGCUAUGACAGCCCUCCAGUGCUUAUCUCGGGUGAACACAGACAAUGUGGCAAAUCUUUGGCCGUUUGUCAUGGUGACCCGGUCACUUGUCGAACUGAGUGCGAUGCACCCCAUGGCGCCAUCGCAGCUGGUGACGCUGCUAGGAUGCAUCCUGCCAGGGAUGGAGCCGGAAAGUACGGGGCAUCUUGCGUAUCUCCGGGUGAUUGGUAGCAUCAAACUCUAUGGAAUUGAAUCGGCAGAUCUCAGGAACGGCAUACGAGACAUGCAGGUGGGUCAAAAAGCAAAGUAGCCGCGUAAGAUGUAAAAAAGGAAAAGGGCAUCUUAUUGCUCCGCUUUGCAGAAGUCUCUGGUGGAACGCGGCUGCUCGAAGUCUCUCGAUCUUCUCGCUUUCCGCGUGGAUCGCAGCGACGCUCAUUCACUCCUCCUCAACGACUAUGAGACGUUCAAGGCCCUCACCUCGCUGGUCGACGCGACAUGCUCGCCAUCUGGCCGUGUCGUCUUCGAAGCUUGCAUUUCUGCCGACGACGAUGUGCGAGACAUUCCUCUCGCCCACCUUCUAGCCUACACGAGUUUUGGAAAGGUGCCUAGCUGCGGUCUGCCAAUCCUCAGCGCCUUGCUAACGUGCUACGACCUGCGCAUCUGGCCUGAGAUUCCCCCCGAUUGUCCUUCUGUCCAGAGCUACAUCGAUACAACAUCGCCUUCUACUUACAGCUACGUGUGGACAGUCACAGAAGACCAAGUUGCCAGACCACAGAACGGGCCCAUCGACCUCAGUCUGAUGGACGAGCUGAUGUUCGACCGGCAUGAGAUCGACGGCGUGGUCUGCAGCAUAUCCAUCGAGUGCGCUGAGGGUUUCGCUCCGCCAGCGGAUGCCAUCCCGCCUGAGCCUCCGGAGCUGGAAGCACUCAGCCCAUCUGGACUUGAGGGGGUGAAGGCUCUGAUCGUCAAGCAUCGCAUCGGCCUGGGAGUGGCCAAGACGAUCCUCAGCAAGGGCGCGCACUUGGAGAGCCUGGAGCUGAUGGAGAUGGGCAUGAUGGACGUGCUGGCUCUGUUGGGGGGAAUUCCCCUGCUGCAGAUGCCGCAGAAGCUGAAGCUUGACUCCCUGCGGGCACAAGAUGGACAAAUUCAAGAGGGGCCCACCCAGCUGGACAGCGCAUAUGAGCUGAUCGUCAACAAGAAGCUGCACGGGGUGAAGGAGCUCACGGCCAAGGGAGACUUCGCUUUGCGGCUUGCGGCCACCCUGAGACACCAUAUGCCAUCGCUGGGCACCCUCACCAUGUCCGGCGGCGAGACAGAGAUGCGUCAGCUGCUCGUGGACGGGGGACGUGGGGCGAUCGCCCAGCUGUCUUUGAGAUUUGUGCAUGAGGGCGGCCGCGAGUUCAUCAGGGCUGCCGACGAGAGCGAGGGCAUCACACUGGGCGAUUGGAGCGACCAACUGCCCCACAUCAACAGCCUGCUCAUGUACCUAGACGGUAAGUGGCGAACAGAUGUCAAGACCAACAAUGCACCACUUGUGUAUCUGUAUGACGCCUCUCUGUCACCGUGUCUCGCUGAUAUCAGUGCCGCCUGCUGAUGUUGUCGAUCCGGGCGCCUUCAUUCUGUCGAGCAUCUGGUCGGUCCUCGAGAUUGAGUCCAUCUCCGAGCUGACAGUCGUCCUGCGCCAGCGCUCCCAUCUGGAUGAGCUCAAGGCAGCUCUGAAGCGGCGGUUUGGGCCUGAUCGACAGGAGAGGGGCCUCGUCACCACAAGCAGCCUGAUCCUUUCAUUUGAAGACAUCAAGAAGGUGAGAAGAGACUCCUGUAAGCUCAGAAGAAACCCAGCGCACAAGGCAUGUGUUUCUGUGACCUCAGUUGAACAAGGCGGCGUUUGCCUACUCGUUGAGGGCCGACAUCGGAUUCCUCGAGGCGCUGAUAAAAACAGGAGACCCCCAUCAAAGCCUGACGAUGAUCACCAGUCUGGCGGCCACCGUGAAGCGGCUGUCUUCGAUUUUUGAGUAUUACCUUCCCUCACACGAUGCCAACAUCGCAGCUGUGGCACUCGCCAGUGACUUCGCCGGCCGCAUGUGUGCCGCCACGCCCAUGAGUGUGGUCGACCCCCCGUAUGCUCCCCGACGGCUGAAGGCGCCACUGAUGGCUGCGAUGGAGAGACACGGCCUGGCGAUGGAGCCCAUGAUGCGGCUGCAUGGCGACGGGCCGGGCAUCCCCAGUCCCUCUGUGAUCGCAUCCGCCGCUCAGCUGGUGGCUGUAUUACGGAAGACGGGCAAAGACAUUACAGGCAUCCAACUGCUCUACAAGUAAGAGAGACACGAAAGAUGCAUCUGUCGGGUGCUGCGUGUAAUCCUCUCUUGUUGUUUUCGUCCUAUGUCUGGUGUGGUGGCAGAGCGAGUGUGCACGGGUUUGCGUACACCGACAUGCUCAGUCGCGUGGGUGAUGCGAGCGGUCUCCUCUUCCUCACCCGCAUGAAUGCCUUCAUUCAUGGGUGCUUCAUCAAUGCCGAUCUCCGUCCGCCACCGUCAGUUUCAUCUUCAGCCGCCUUCAAGCAGUAUCCGGCGGAAGUCCUGAUCUUCAAAGCAUCCGGCCAUUCACAGCCCACCUUCCAGACAUCUUCAGUGACGUCGAAGUGGGUCACUCUGUCGCGAGCAGAUAACCAUCCCCAUGGCGUGGAGGCCAAACUGACUGUGGGCAAGGAUGCGAGCGAUCCAUGUAUACCGGAGUGGCUGGGGCUGUGGGCACCGGACACGCUGGGCUGGUCGGCAUCGGAGGGAUGCGUCGUGCGAGUGAGCUGGGAGAGGGGGGUGGGAGAUGGUGAGGAAGACAUCAAUGCAAUUCUUGCCGAUGAGAUAGAGGUGUUUCUCUACAAGUGAGGAAGACAGCGACAGUGGGUCUGCCAUUUUCUCUAUGUAAAACUUCUCCUCCUUUCCGUUUCUUAAGUGACUUGUUGCAAGGCGUCUGAGCAUGGACAUCGUACCUUUCCGUCAUCCUUGACGCCGACGCACGUCAUUGUCAAGCAAGCCAUCAAUACGGCGGUAGGUGCUCAGCUUGUGGUCGGCGGGCACGGGAUGGACAGACUGUGGCUCUGGGAAUCUGCGGUGGAAGGGCUAUGUCUGGUGCGAGUCGGAUGGGCUUUCUGGGAGGGGAGGCUUGAGUCGCUGUUUGCCGAUGAGAUGGAAGUGCUACACUUGCAGACAGAGGCGUGAAUGGGGCGGGGCGAUGUUACACUUGUUGCAUUGUGUGGUCCGGUGAAGCGUGACAGUGAAGGGUGGGGUCGAGUCUCAUAUCUUUCGUGGGUUCAGGAGGACAGCUUUGUUUGUACGGUCUGGAUGUACGGAUGACAUAACUUCUCGCUCACACCAAUGACUAUCAAAAACAGUGC